AACUUCGGAAUACCUUUAUAUGGAUCAUAAUUUCUUUAGAGGAACUAAUCCACAAUCUUUCAGAUUUUUGAGAGCCACUGAAGUUCUAGAUCUUUUGUGCAACAAUCUCUCCGGUGAAAUUCCCAAGACUUUAGGUACUCUUCCGUGUUUGAGGAAUUUAAGCCUGUCUUUGAAUUUCGAUUUAUGGAAAUAAUAAGCUUUGUGGAGGAAUAAGCCAAUAAAGCAUGGUAAUAAUUUCAAAGCCCUUGUAUUUGAGUUCAUGCCAAAUGGAAGCCUCAACACUUGGUUGCAUCCAAUUCCAUCAACUGGGGUACAUAGGGAACCAAAGAGUUUAAACCUUCUUCAACGCAUAAAUGUAGCAAUUGAUGUGGCCUCUGCUUUGGAUUAUCUUCAUAAUCACUGCCACACGCCAAUCAUACAUUGUGACUUAAAGCCAAGCAGCAUUCUUCUUGAUGGUGACUUAACUGCCCAUGUGAGUGAUUUUGGUUUAGCAAGGUUCCUAAAGCAACAUGACAAUGAAAUUUCUCAGUCAUACCAGCUCCCUUCAAAUUAAGGGAACUGUUGGAUAUGCAGCACCAGAAUAUGGCAUGGGAAGUGACCUGUCAACAUACAGUGAUGUUUAUAGCUACGGUAUCCUUUUGUUGGAAAUGUUCACAGGGAAAAUACCCACUGAUGACAUGUUUAAAGACGGCCAGAACCUUCACAAAUUAGCUGAAAUGGCUUCGCCAGAACAAGUGAUGGAGAUUGUGGAUCAGGUACUUUUAUUCAAGGUGGAAGAUGAGGAAGCAACCAGCAGCAACUCUAGGACACAAGCGAAGAUGGAGGUAAUCCAAAAGUGCUUGAUCUUCUACUUAAAAUCACGUUUUCCAUUGACCCACUAA